CCCGGCGGGCCCUGGGACCUGCGCCCGGACAUGCUGCUGCUGCUGCUGGCCCUGCUCUGGGGGAGGGCGGGGGUGCAGGGACGGGGAGGGUCCUGGGAAGGUUACACGCUGCGAGUGCAGAGUGUGGUGACGGUGCAGGAGGGGCUGUGCGUCCACGUGCCCUGCUCCUUCUCCUACCCCUGGGACAUCUGGACUGACUCUGACCCUGUUCAUGGCUACUGGUUCCGGGAAGGGGCCAAAUCACACCAGAAGUCUCUAGUGGCCACAAACGACCCAGCUGGGAAAGUGCAGGAGGAGACCCAGGGCCGAUUCCACCUCCUCAGGGAUCCCGGGAGGAACAACUGCUCCCUGAGCAUCAGAGACGCCACGAGGAGGGACGAAGGGUCGUACUUUUUUCGGGUGGAGCGAGGAACAGUGAAAUGGAACUAUGUAUACAACAAGCUCUUUGUACACGUGACAGCCCUGAACCACACGCCCCACAUCCUCCUCCCGGGGACCCUGGAGUGCGGCCGCCCCUGGAACCUGACCUGCUCUGUGCCCUGGGCCUGUGAGCAGGGGACGCCCCCCAGCAUCUCCUGGGAGGGGGCCUCUGUGUCCCCCCAGAGCCCCACCGUGGGCCGCUCCUCGGUGCUCACCCUCAUCCCUCAGCCCCAGGACCACGGCGCCAGCCUCACCUGCCAGGUGACCCUGCCUGGGGCCCGUGUGACCAGAAGGAGGACCGUCCACCUCAACGUGUCCUACUCUCCUCAGAACUUGACCGUGACUGUCGUCCGAGGAGACGGCUCAGCACCCAUAGCCCUGGAGAACGGCUCAUCUCUGUCAGUCCUGGAGAGCCAGUCCCUGCGCCUGGUCUGUGCCGUCAACAGCAAUCCCCCUGCCAGGCUGAGCUGGGUCCGGGGGAGCCUGACGCUGUGCCUCUCGCAGCCCUCGAACCCUGGGGAGCUGGAGCUGCCUCGAGUGCACCUCAAGGAUGGGGAAUUCACCUGCCGAGCUCAGAACCCUCUGGGCUCCCGGCACGUCUCCCUGAGCCUCUCCCUGCAGAGGAAAUUGGGGUCCGUGGCAGAGGUGGCUCUGGUGGCCAUCGUGGAAUCUGCUGCGAAGAUCCUGCUUCUCUGCCUCUGCCUCAUCUUCCUCAGGGCACAGGGAGGUGAGGCUGCUGCCCUCUGCACCCCGGUCCAGCCCCAGUGA